AUGACUCAGACUAAAGGAAAACUUCCACUACAAACUAAUACUUCAGGCUUCCACUACAAACCAGAACCAUCAGGCUUCCACUACAAACCAGAACCAUCAGGAUUCCACUACAAACCAGAACCAUCAGGCUUCCACUACAAACCAGGACCAUCAGGCUUCCACUACAAACCAGGACCAUCAGGCUUCCACUACAAACCAGAACCAUCAGGCUUCCACUACAAACCAGAACCAUCAGGCUUCCACUACAAACCAGAACCAUCAGACUUCCACUACAAACCAGAACCAUCAGGCUUCCACUACAAACCAGAACCAUCAGGCUUCCACUACAAACCAGAACCAUCAGGCUUCCACUACAAACCAGGACCCUUCCACUACAAACAAGGACCCUUCCACUACAAACUAAUACUUCAGGCUUCCACUACAAACUAA